AUGGUGCAAAGUUCCACGAAGUGCGUUUAUAGUGGUUGUGGAAACUCAAAGAAAAAUCAUCCACAUUUAACAUUUCAUCGUUUUCCAGACAACUCUAUCAUGAGUAAGUGUUGGAUUGAACGAUGUGGCAAUUCCAAUCUCGCAACUCUGGAGCUCAAAAAGUUGCGCACCCGCCAAAUCUGCUCUACGCAUUUUGAAGACAGUGAUUUUAAACCUGGCCCUCGAAGAUUGCUGUUUCCGGAAUCUGUUCCAAAAAUUGCAGACAAUGUAAAUCAUUUAAAAUCAUGUAAAUGGACCGAAGAAGAAAAGCAAAUUGCUUUGUCCAUUUACCAACGCGGGCCCAAAGCGUACAGAUUUUUGCGUGAUGAAUUAAAUAUUACCCUUCCGUGCUUGACCCUAAUUCAUACGUGGCUGAACAAUAUUGACGUUACUACUGGAUUCGAUCCUGCAUUUUUUUCUCUACUCCGUAAUAAAGUCGAAAGUAUGAGUGAAAAUGAACGUGAAUGUGUCUUGAUGUGGGAUGAAAUGGCCAUAAAAGAAUCGUUAGAAUUUGAUAUCAAAAAAGACUUUGUGCACGGGUACGUAGACUUAGGUUCAUUAGGUCGCACUAAUGAUGUUGCAAAAUUAACCUUAGUUUUUAUGUUACGCGGAUUAACUUCAUCGUGGAAGCAACCGAUAGCUAUUUUUUUUUCGCGUGAAAAUGUCAAAGGUAAUAUCUUGAAAUACCUUGUAAAUGAAUGCAUUGAAAAUGUAUUUUCGAUCGGUUUAAAAAUUAAAUUCAUGGUAUGCGAUCAAGCACAGACCAAUUGCAGUGUGUUCAAAUCAUUAGGGAUAUCAUUAGAUAAAUUUUAUUAUGAGUGGAAUGAUGAGAGAAUCUACUGCGGCUAUGAUAGUCCACAUAUGUGGAAGUGUUUCCGUAAUUUAUUAUAUAAACACGAUUUUAUUUUAAAUGGAGAGAUUAUUUCAUGGGGUGCAAUUCGUGAAUUAUUUGAUAUCGAAAAAUACAACGUCGCGAGAGCAUGUCAUAAAUUAACUAGUCGUCAUCUGGAUCCGGGCCCGAUGGAAAAAAUGAGUGUGAAAUUAGCGACACAGGUUUUCAGCCAUACAGUAGCAUCAGGCUUGAAAGCUGGCUAUUGUACUGGCGAAUUGAAACAUCCCGCAUGUAAAGCUACCGCGGAAUUUAUUGAGAGAAUGAAUUGUAUAAUUGAUUGUAUGAAUGCGAAAAGUAUAUGUGAUAAUAAUAUGUAUCGUGCCGGGUUAUGCAAAUCGCGUGAUUUCGUCGAAAGAUACUUGAUAAGUUCGUGUGAAUGGCUUUCAAGUUUAUCUCUGGCUAACGCUGCCAAAGCUCCUCCCUCUUUUACCAAUAUGAUAAUUACAAUUAAUAGUACCUUAGAGCUUUGGAAAGAAUUACAAAAUCGUAAUGUAGAAUAUUUAAUGACAGCUAAUUUACAGCAGGAUCCAUUAGAGAAUUUAUUUGGAUAUUGGCGUGGAUCCUGCGGAAAUAAUUCAAAUCCAUCAGCAAAAAGAGUGAUGAGCUGUGCGCAACGAUCUAUGGUAUAUAACGUUGGUAAAGCUCCUGAAGGAGCGAAUUGCGAAGAAGAUAAAAACGAAUUGUUGUUGAAAAAUACAAGUAUCGAUACGCCGGUAGAACUGAAUGAUAAUAAUGGAUGUAUUGUGGCCAAUAGUGAUGUAAUUUGUUCUGAUAUGCUUUGCGAUAAUGAAGUCUUCAAUGAUACUAAGCGCGAUGAAAUUGUAGAUUUAUUAGGAUUUUCAUUAGAAUUGUGUGCUAUACGAUAUAUUGCGGGAUAUCUUGCUUAUCGCCUGUAUAAGCAGCAAAAGCGUGAAUUAUCUGAAAUUGAUAGAGACAAUAAGAUCAAGAAGUGUAGUUGUACAGUUCGUCUAAUUAAAGACAACAGCGAUCUGGAGGUGGCAUCAGAAAUUUUAAUCAAUAUGAAGGC